ACAGCAUCCGUCAGGAUGUUGACGUCAUGAUCGGUAUUUCAUGGCGCCGCGACGGAUCAGAUGGGGAUCGUCGUCGCCGUCGCAACGCGACGCUGCGGGUCCGAGGGGUCGGUACCACGUGACGGCCCAGGACGGUACACGAUUCCCGACCCUUGCCUGGCGGGUGGUACAAUCUUGAAUGGUCUUGAGCCGGGUCUUGGAUCGGAGAGCCAAGCUAGGCCAAGUUUUCCCACUACCUAUGUUGCAUUCCGAGUGCUUCUCAUCUUGCAUGAACUGUUUCUCCCCCCUAUGAACCACGUGUAGAUGGAUGAUCUGCAUACAUCCACGACCCCGUGCUUGCCUUUGGACUUGCCUGACAGUCGAGGUUAGCCGUCCUAACGCGUCCACCACGAAUCGAACAACCCCCGCCUAUCCGUUGAACUGUGUAUCGGCAUCGCCAGCCCUCGACGAAUACACGUGCCCAUCGCCAGGAUCAGCUCGCAGGCGCAACGUGCCUCCCACGACCGUAUUUUCAUAGCGGAGCGUGAUCACUGAUCAUCGCGGAGACCAAUCAGCAACAUCCCGACGCGUGUUCCCGUUCCAGCUUGAAAUAGCCGAACAGUCGAUUGUUCUUCUGUGAGAGCGGGGGCGGAAACAACGUUCUCUCGACAUAAAACGGGGACAGAUCCCAGUUCGCACAUCGCAUACACUCGCCUCUCGCCACCACCAUGCCUGCCGCUUCUCGCAUCCACGCGUUACUGUUGGCCCCACUUGUUGUCUCUGCAGCUCGGUACUGCUCCCUCAAGCCCCCCAACGCUGUGUUAUCGAGCUCCGGGCCCUCGAGUGGCGGCGCUUCUGGAUCGGCGGGGACGCAGCCGGGACUGAAUUCGUCCUCGCAUGGGGGGACGGACCCAACUGACGUCGUCGCCACGGCGUGGUAUCCGGGCUGGAACAACUUCCCGCCAUCCGAGAUAUCGUGGAGCAAGUACAACGCGAUGACAUUCGCUUUUGCGUGAGUCCCACCCGUGUCGGUGAGAUCGCCCCCGCUGAGAGAGGAGGUAGAACGACUACGCCGGACUCGUCGACCAUCGCGUUGGACGACCAGAGCGCUGCGCUGCUCCCCACUUUCGUUGCGACUGCCCAGGCCAAUGUGAGUGCGUCGCGUCGCAAACGAGCGAUCCGAUCAAGCCACGUUCUCACGACCGGGCCAGGGCGUCUCGGCUCUGCUCUCCAUCGGCGGCUGGACCGGAUCAAUGUACUACUCCUCCGCUGUGGCAUCGGCCGCAAACCGAACCAGCUUCGCCGCCGCCGUACUGGGCCUGGUGUCGACGUACCAGCUGGACGGGAUCGACUUCGACUGGGAAUACCCCGGGACGCAGGGUCUCGGAUGCAACGUGAUCAGCCCCAGCGACUCGGCCAACUUUCUGGUGUUCUUGCAGGAACUGCGAAGCACUCCCGCGGGGCAGAAUCUGAUUCUGACCGCCGCGGUGGGACUGAAACCCUUCGCCGGCCCGGACGGGAACCCCAUGGACGACGUUUCCGGGUUCGCGAAAGUGCUCGACCGCAUCGCGAUUAUGGACUACGAUGUGUUUGGGCCGGGCUACUCGCAGACGGUCGGCCCCAACGCCCCGCUGAACGACACCUGCGCGCCGCCGGCUCAGCAGCAGGGCUCCGCCGUGUCUGCGGUGCAGGCGUGGACUGCGGCGAAUUUCCCCGCCAACCAGAUCACUCUGGGUCUGGCUUCCUACGGCCACAGCUGGCCCGUGACACCCAGUGAAGCACUGGACGGGGCCCAUCGGCUCCAGCCGUAUGCGAGCUACUCCAAGUCAGCCCCGGUCCCCGCCGGAAGCGAGGAUGCGGGAGGGAGCGCUGCUGCGACCGUGGACCAAUGCGGGAACCCGCAGAGCGGCGGGAGCGGGAACAGCGGCGAUUCGUCGUUCGCUGCGCUGAUAGACACGGGAUUCCUGGACUCGAACGGGACUGCGGCAUCGGCAUCGGGGAUCAGCUUUGUCUUCGAUCAGUGCAGUCAGACGCCGUUUGUCUACAACUCGACGUCGCAGGUCAUGGUGUCAUACGACGAUCCGCAGUCCUUUGCCGCGAAAGGCCAGUUUAUUAAUAGCAUGGGGCUGGCGGGGUUUGCGGUGUGGGAUGUGACGGGGGACAAGAACGAUCUGCUGCUGGACUCGCUGCACCAGUCCAUGGGGAUCGAGUCUGUUUGCGAUUAGAGUAUACUUAUCGACCGAGUCCUAUGUGCUAUUAUUAUCUUGCUCGUGCAGGAUGUCU